GCGGAGCAGCGUAGGGAGCAACAGUGUGCCGCGCGCGGCCAUGAAGCGAAGGUCGUUUCGACGACGAGAGUGGCAGGUAGACGAAAAGCGAGUCGCCCGAGGAGUCCGUGUUGAGCCCGAGAGCUUAGAGGUAUUUAGAGGCGCGCGCGCGCGUGAGCUCGCACAGGGUAAUGUUAAUCCUGGACGCGCUACCACGGCCAGUCGCAAAGUCCGUCCGGCUUGACUCGCGGCUGAAAUUUCGGAGCCACAUCGACGGCUCUCGCGCAUUUUCCGUGCAAGUGAGGUGUGACAGUGAUAAUAGAGCUACGACGAGAUAAACAAACGGUCUCUCGCGUCGGCGAACUCGCACGCGGCGUCCUCGACGAAUCGCCGAGUCGGGGGAGGAAGUCACCCCGUCGCGGCAGCACGUGAACGAAAGAUGGUGAAAUUUAACGCGCCGCCAGUGCCGGAGCGAACGUGAAAAUUGAAUCCAGCAGUGAGUGAACAUCGAGCCGUACUGCCGGUUGUGAAUUUUUCGCGCGUGAAAACAAGUGAGAGCGGGAGAAAGAGAGAGAGAGAGAGAGAGAGAGAGAGAGAGAGAGAGAGAGAAUAGUGCGGUGGUGCAUGUGAAAAAUAACGUCGCUGGAAAAUAACGACCUGAAAAAGAGUCUCAGACCGCUGUCAAUCGUUCGUGGUGUGAAUGUUGGAAAUUCUACUAGUGCAUGAUCGCGAACAAUUUUUGCCGAAUGGGAGCGCAAACGCCACGGUGACACUCGAUCGAAUCGUAGGCACCGGCGAAAAAGGUGGAAAUUUUCCGCGUCGCGGCGACAGUUGCGGAGAAGACGUCGCGCGCGCGGUGAUCCGGCAAAUUUCGCCAAUUUCAUCCGGCGGUGCCACAGGGAUUCGCGGCGCAGAGAAGGACUGGAUCAGGGAGAGAUUCGUGUCUGACUAUCCCCGAAUAAUCUCGUCUCGAAACCGUCUUCGUCACGCAGCAUCACAGUUUCCCUCGCGAUAAAGGAAAAUAUCAGCACAGUAUAUAACUCGACGCUGGUCCGUGUCAUCAUCUUUUGUGUUUCUUCGUGACUCCGAAGUGUAACCCGAGUACGCGUGUGUAUAUUUGCAAGUGUACAUGUGACCCAUGUGCAGUAGGAAAUACGAGUGAAGUCGUUCGCCAGCGUCUCUCCCGCGCGCACUUCUCUCCCAGUCCAUCUUUUCGAAAGAGAUGCAAAAGUGCCGGUGCUCCGCUAGCCGCUCGUCCGCGUCUGCCAGCCAAGUUUACUGACCUUCUCCGUGGGGCUGGUGACUGCCGUUCGUGAGACGAAGGGAGACGGCCAGACGGCCUUUUGUGUCGGCUUGAAGAGCGUCUCGCGACACGGGACGCAAACAGGGUGAGAUUACUUUCCUCGGGGCUGUGCGUAUGGCUGCCAGUGCUUUCCACGACUCGCACUCUAUCGUCCGCGAGGAUCAGUGCUAAAUCAUCAGCUUCGGAGCAUCGUCGAGUCCCGCUGCCGGCGGAGGCCGGCAGCGACUGUCGGCGACGUGAUCGCGAGUGCGUGGUGGAUCGCAACGAAAGAAUCGUGUGCCGUGCGAAUCGCACAGAAGGAGCGGGCAGAAAAGCUAAUUGUUCGCCAAGUUGAUAGCGAAGACGGAAGGGUCGCAGCUGUGUCGCGCUGCACGAGGGAAAGUGUCGCGUGGAAAAUCGCCCGCGGUGGAAAUGCGCUCGUAGCGAAUCGACAUCGUCGCCGCAGUCGCAGUCGGAUUUGUAAGCACGCUGAGGUGGAGGAUGGAGGAGCUGGAGACGCUGGAGAGCACGGAGUGCCCGGAGUGCCCCGGGCCGCCCCCUGAGUUCCGGUUGCCGCCGCCCCCCCGGCCGCCUUUCCUCACCGAGGGCACCUUCUGCUCGGAAUCACCCCUCGCCGAGCUCGAAGACUGCGUUGCUAUCCCAAUGAUCGACGCCUCUUAUCACACGAAUCCAUCGUUGCAAAGCACUGCCCUGAUCAUCACCUGCGCAGUGGUCCUUCUGCUGAUGGCUGCGAUCGUGUCCGUCGUCUUCUGGAAGCACAAGCGGAAAGUGCAAAACCUGCUGCCGUGCAAGAGUGCAGCGGGCGCGGCGACGGUUGGCGGGCGAGGUCGCAUGCUACCCGACGGCCAGUCGCAUCCUGGUGGCGUCGGCGUCGGCGGCGGUAACGCCGCGGGUGCCGUUCUCUACGAGGACUUGCCGGACGCGAUGUCGCAUACUCAGUUGCACAACCACCUGCCGGCGGCGGGCCAUCACAGCGGCCAAGCGCCGACGAUCGAGAUGCUGGAUGUCAAGGAGGGCGGCAGAGGGGUGUUCGUCUGCAGCAGCCCCGGUCCCGAUCCUUAUACAUCGCAGGACCUCUAUAAUCCUGUCUACGAGGAGCUCAGCAACGGGGACCAUCCGGAAACGGACGAGGAGAGCGAGCUGAACGCCCGCAAUCGCCUGCACCACCACCAUCAUCAUCACCGUCACCAUCACCGGGGCACAGCGUCGAAGCCAGCGAGCGAGGACGAGUUUGCCGAGGAUGAGUUGUCGGUGGGCGAACCCUCCGAGGCGAGAAUGCUCACUUCGAGCAGCGGCCCUACCUGGGGUACGUGUCCGGCCGGUGGCAGGCCACCGCGCGAACGACGCGGCAGAAGCCCCAGGAGUCUCGACCGACGUAGGAGAGACAAGAACCAUGACGUGGGCGAGUUCCACGAGGGUAUGCUGCUGGACGCGCUGCUUCAACUCUAUCCCAGCGUCGCAGGUGUGGCCGGUGCCCGAACGAGCAACAGCACCCAACGCCAACAGUCCGUCCCAUCGGUGGCGCACAGGUUACCGUAUUUCGUGCCGCCGUUGCCGGCCGCGCAAGCCCCGCGGCUCGAGGAGAACCCUUACGAGAGCGUGCCGGUGCUAGGUCAGUUGCAUCGCUACUCCAGCCAAAACAGGAGCGGCAAGGAACGUUCGCGCAGCAAGUCCGGCGACAAGUACAAGUACCUGUCGUCGCAGCAGCAGCAACAACAACAGUACAGCGGCGACUUCUACGGCCUUCAGGGUCAGUCCGACGCCACGGCACCGCUCUACACCCAGGUGGGCGGCGAGUACUCCGACACGUACUCGCAGCCAAGCGACCGACUCUUCGGCGACGACAAGUACAGCCAACCGGUGUAUUAUUCCAACACCCGGGACUCGGACCAGGUGAGCGCCGGCAGGCUGUACCAGGGUCAGCCCGACAGCAGCUUCGGCAGCGACAGCGGCUACAGCCACCACACCUCAGGCACCACCGGCACCAGCGGCACCCGCGGCAGCAACUCCAGGACGAAUCAUCGCAGGGACAAGCACCGGAACUCUCACCACUCGCAUCACUCCGCGGACUAUAUCGUGUCCUAAUGGGGCAUCGUCUCUUCAUCUCGAGAGAAAGGGUUUCCUUCGAGACGUACUCUCACGGAGAGCGGAGAAAAAAGAAGAGAAGCAAGAGAAGGAAAGAGGAUACAAGACCUCGAUCGUAUUUCUUACAAGUCGAUCAGUUAAUAAGACGAAGAGACGAGCGUGCUCGUUAAUUGAGAGGCUCCGAUUUCGCAGGGAGAAACACACUUCGGCUGUGUUGAACUAUUGUAUUUUGAUACUUCAACGUCCACGGUUAAGAGUCAAUAAAGAUACCUCCUUCGCUUUGGCGAAUCGAGUGGUAGCGGUUGAGUGCGUGCACGCGCGCGUGAAAGAGAGCAAGAGAGUUUGUCGCAGUGACGAGAAAAACCACAAACGAAUGACGAUUCGGACUUGAUGAGAAGAAGGACACAGUGAUCUCUUAGUGAUUUAUAUAGCCCACACGCAAGACUAUUUAACAAAUUUAUUUGUAAUCCAAUGAGACUCAGGCUGGUACCAAAGGACGCUAACAAUUACUUUUAUCUUUUUAGUCUGAUCCUUUGUAAUUUAUAUGUAGAGAGCGUUUAUCGCAAAACGAGUCGAUCUCGUUCUCGUUGUAACAUUGUCGCCCGCGAGUCGUACGACUAUCAAUCGUGAAUUCCACAACGUCCGGGAUACCCUCGGUGAUCAGUGCGAUUAUUGCACUUGCAAGUAAACGAUAGAUAAUUUUGCAAAUAGACAAAUAGUACGAGAAAUACUCCGAAUCGAAAUCUGCCUAGUCAAAAAUCUGUGCAUUCUGUUUUAAAUAUUGUAUCUGAAGCCUGAUAUUGUAUCGGGACCGAAUUGAAAUCCAAAAUACGUGAGUUUUGAAAAUGAAAUCUAUAAAAAAAGCAACAAGUCGAAAACACUGGUAUCUUUUACUGAAAUAUAUUUUGGAAAGAUACUCUUACCGUAAAAUUUAGCUUAAUAUUCCAAAUAUUGAGAGAAUUCAACAUAAUUAAAUUCGGAAAAAACAUAAAACUAUGUCAAAAACGUAUUAUGAUGUAUAUUUCAUUUAGGAUAAAUCAUGCAGAUUGCGGACUCGAAGGGGUUUUGAUUAUGGGUGCUUUAUGGUCAGAUUAACCGAUCCACUGCCAGAGACUAAUCCUAAACGGUCGGGCGUGUCCAACCGGCCAGCGAGUUUCGUACAAACUUUGAUAUGACGAAACGUAUAAUUAGAUUCGUCCCGCGUUCAUAAGGACAAAUCCGAUCGCGUGUACAGGAAACGAUAGAUUAUUGCGCCACGUUUCUAGUCCGUUAAUAAUCUUUUCCUACUAACAAUGCUUUAGAACGUCCCCACACGAAACGGCACACGCACGUUUUGACAGUUUGGAGAGAUGUAGUGAUAGACGCACGCACGGUAGAGUAACACUGAGGAAAAAAACGAUGCACGUUGGAGUCUUUGGCUAAUGUACACAUAAUAUAUACACAAUGGAUAUCGUAAAAAUGUGCAAAAUAUGUGUAAAAGAAAAACAAAACCAAACAAUUUUAGAAUUCCUAGUAUGAAAUAAUUAUAUACACAUAUUUUUUGCUAUUUUAAUCAAGUUUAGCGUUUCAAAUGUCUAUCUGAAAAAAUAAAUGAUGAAUCAAAUAUAUAAUUGAUAUAUGGCAAUUGUUGCUAUGAAUUGAUAUUUCACGAUUAUGAUAUGGAAGAUGAAUACUAUUAUUUGCUCUUAUGUUCGAUCUUUCAGGUGAAAUAAUUUAAACGAAACUAUUUUAAUAUUUAAAUUAUUUAAUUUCGCGUAUAACGUGACAUAAUAGGAUAUUUGCAAUCCUUUAUGAAUCAUCUUAUUUAGACUCCAGCGUGCACAAAAGACGAUACCGAAAAGAUGAUUGUAGAUGCCAUCGCAUUGCUACCACCAUUACUGCCGCUAGAUGCAUGUGUUCGCGCAAUCACGACCAAAAAUUUAAGCGCGCCGAAACCUUUUAUUUUUGUAAUUCCUAAGAGUAUUGCUCGGGUCGCAAAAAGCGGCUCGGGAAGACUUGAUCUCCGAGGAGAAAAUUGGCCGGCUCUUUUUUAGCUCGAAGAAGCUCCUGGAUAAAACUCGAUUCGCGUACACUACGCGUGAACGCGUCGCUCCCUUCGACAUAUUGGAUGUCGCCGUCGUCCACAAAUUCUCCUCCACAAUUCGACAUGACAUUUUCGAUUGCGACCGCGUGUUCUCGGAGCUGGUAAUAACUGUAGUUACGCCGCGACUGCGCUAACGAAGUCGAUGUUACUGCCGUUAAUAACAUAACGAGGGCCUCUGCAUCAUGAGAAAUUCAAGAGCCGAAAUUCACGAUAGUCCCGUAAACCAUUGCUGCAAUCUCCCUCUUCCCCUUCUUCCCCCGUCUAUUCCAAAUCCUCAUUUUGGCGAAUACCGGUGUCAUUGCGGACAAAGGCCCGGCCGGGUGACUCUAGCGCGCAAAUGACGCAAAUUACCCUCAUUCAUUAUUAACUAAACUAUUAUCGCAAUCGGGCUCAGGGUCGUUAUUAUAUCGCGCGCUGAUAUCAAUAACCUUCGACCGAUGUAACAUAAACCGAUUGGUAGUCGUAAAUAGAAACGACUCGCGGAGCGCUUCGAUUGCGGUAAGUCGACGUUAACUUAUUCUUCGAGAUGCUACUUUAUCCCAUCAUAAAAAGGCGAUGUAAUCCUAUAUUUAUCUAUAUUACGAUUCUCUUGUAAUAUACAGAUGUAAUCACGUGCUUUUUAUUAUAAUUCUGAUAUAACAUAACUCUUGUAUAAUGAUUCUUUUUUUAAUAUGCAUUUAUAAAACACACGCAAUUCUGCGUAAAAUGAUUGAACAGAUUGUUACCAUCAGUAUAACUUAAUGCAAAAGAUAGAACAUCUUCCAAUAAAUUGUAAACAAAUUAGGAACUGUAAGAUAAAUUAGGAAAGAAAAUUUUGAUACGCAGACAUAUUAACACUUCUUUUUUCAUUUUUAUGGUGGUAUGAAGUACGCUUGAAGCUACGAAAUGAUCAAGUUUUUGAACAUGUAGUUCCGAAAAGAUCCACUCGUCGAUUUUUGUGCGACAUUUAAGAAAAUUGUUCCAAAUGCUUCCACAUGUGAACAUACUUCACAAAUACAAAGUUUUUGGAUACACACAGGAUUUAGUUGAAUAUUAAUUAGAUAAAAUUGAAACUUACUUCCUUAAAUUUUAUUCAAUUUACUUAUUUACUCAACGCACGAAUAUUUCACCUCCUUAUAAAUUAUCAAUAACUCUACAAUAUAAAAAAGCUGGAAACAAUAGCAGAAAGAAUACUUUCAUGAUAUCUUAUAAGAAUCGAGGAGUGGAAUUUGAGGAUUGCAACCGUUUUUGGUACUCUGCAAGAUAGACCAAGACGAGAAGGGGACGCGAGACAGCAAGAGAGAGAAAGUGUUCGUGCUGAGAUGUACAGGCACACGUUAGCACACCGUAUAAAUACCGCUAUCUCUUAUACAUACCGCACUUGUAAGAAAGUAAACGAUAAUUGGCGAGCCAUGUAAAUAGAGCCGGGGGAAACUCCACCCGUGUAGCAUAGCUGUAUCAUAGCGAUAUCAUUACCGAAAUCUUUUCCCGUGCGUGCGUGCAAAAGGGCGAGAAAAUUGAAAUUUAAUAUAUACAUAAAAAACUAUAUAUAAAAAGAAAAAGAGAGAGUGUGUGUGUGUGUGUGUGUGUGUGUGUGUGAGAGAGAGAGAGAAAGAGAGAGAGAGAAAGACGAGGAGAUAUAAAUAGAAUAAUAUAAUUUUUAAAUUAUUUGUAACGACGGGCGCGUGCGCAUCGCGACUAUAGCAAUGUGACAAAUGCGACGAAAAAGAGGAAAAGACGGAGAACUGAAUAGAUCUUUCCUUUUUCGGAGCGAGAGGAUGGAAGGACGAUGAAUCAAAGGACUAAAGGCAAAGGAAACGUCGUGUCCUCUUGAGCGUCGGGAGUUUCCCUCUCGCUCCUCGAAAUAGUGCACACUCUUUUUCUAGACGCGCCUAGGGCGAAUACCUCAACACAAAGAAGUAAUCACUCUGUUGUAAAUAUAAUUUUAUAUAUGCGAGCCGCGAUCAGGGUGGUUUGCGCGAUCGACGCAACGGGGCUGGUUUAAGACCGUCAUAAUCAUUAAAGCUUCGGGGCCCAAAAUGAUAGCACUGUCACUGGAAAAAGAAAACAACUUAUCUCUCGUUCAAUGAGCGCAAUUCUAACACACACUAUGAAAUUAUUAAACAAAUUACUUCGAGAUAGGUUAGUCCAUCAUACGACGAUUAUAUCGUACCAGAUCGUCCAUCUUACUUAACAUUAGCACUUUCAUCGACCAAUAACUUGGUCGGAUGAAAAUAUUUAUAAAAAAAAGAAAACAAAAACAAAGAAAAGAAAAGAUCUGGACAUCCAGAAGUUUCGUACAAAAUGAAGGCGUUAUUGAAUACUUCUGAUUUUGUAAAAUCGAAAAAAUAACCGGCCCUGUGGUAUAGUUCCAAAACGAUAUCACGCGAAUAUUAAUUUCGCGAGUCGAAAUUGCGCGACGCAACGACUUGCUUGUGUUUUUCUAUGGAAAAUUCGAAUCGCCCGAGUUUACAUUGCACGGUAGGGACUUGUUGAUCGCACAACACUAGCGGUGAAGUUAUACCGACGUGACGUUCUCGAAAGUCAUGCUCUCGAUUAUGGAUCUUCCACGCCGAUCCCACUAAAUAUAGCAAUAAUACUCGCAAUAAUAGCACAGUAUAGCUUUUUACCCCUUCAUUACCUUUAAACUCCGUGUCUGAAUGAAUUGCACAAGUAUAUCUGAUAUCCUCAUCAGUCUAAGAACAAUCAAGGCGCCGACGUCCCACCAGUGUGCUGCUAAUUAUUUUCUCGGGAUGUUCCGUGUAUCGUCGGACUCAUCAAGUUUACAGAAGAUUAGCUAGAUUUACUAAAUAAAUUAAAUUGUUUAAGAAAACACGAAGAGUUACUUCCCGUACUCAUUUAAUUUUUGUAGUAACGAAAGUUACUUCUUUUAUCAAUAAAACUCUUCGACUUUAUUGUGACAAACUGGCAGCAAUUUACCAAUAAAGUAUUAUUUAAUUAAAUUGAAUUAUUUAUUAACAAUUUAUAGAGAUAGAAUUGACGAAUCGUUUUGACGCGACUAUAUAAAUUUCGCUCCAACUUAUAUAUCUAAAGUUUUUCGAAUUCCAAAAGGAAGCUUUCACCUAAAACCAAGGAAUCUUGUCCCAAUAAAUUGAUUAGCACGAUAUUUUUUGAAUUAAUUUAAAAUUUAAUGCUUCCCCCUCAUCCCACUCUGUCAUACGCUUUGCCGCGAAGGAUACAUUCAAGCCGAGAAUAAAAUAGAUAAAAGUUUUGACUGUAUAUAUGAGAAAAGUGUAGAACAGUUAUCGUUAUUGCAAAUGAUUUUCUCGUUGAAUAGAUAGUACAAAAGAAUUGAGGAAUGAUCACAUGAUAUAUCCGAAGGAUAUUUUUACAGUGUCCUACAACAUUCGCUCUAGAUCUACGCUCAUCUAUUUUAGUAUCUGUGACUCGAAUUCCUCUCCGCGUAGCGGCGAUUAUCCGCGAGAGCAUGACUGGCUGGAGCGCGAGAAGGGAAACGGGAGGAAUAAAGGUGUACAGUGUGUACUUAUCACUCACGAUCAAAAAUAAACACUGCAUACAAUCAAAGCGCGCAUGACGCGAGUCGCCGCGAAAGUGUAGAGCGACUCGGAGAUCAAAGAAGAUCAGAACAAGGAAAGAAAGAAGGAGAUGUGUACUGGAGAAAGCGAGAGGCAGACCGAGAGUUACGCGCUUAUGUAUUUUCUUACGUCCAUGUUGGUUAAGCGAUGUUCUUGUUUUCAUUUUAUUUACUUUUUCUUUCUUGUAUACAGCCUGUAUGAUACGUACGCCAGAAGCCUAAGUUAUUAUUGUUCUUACUUAAGAAAGACGGAGGAGGUUUCGAUCGAGCGUGGAUCUUUGUUGCGAAGUUUGCGAUUAAUUGUUGCAUGUCGAGUAUAAUGAGCGAAUGAACGAUGCGCGCAUAAAGCAAGCCAUACAUGGUCCAUAAGUAGCGUAACGAAAGGAUUAUGGCAUAAAUCGAGUGCGAGUUCACGGAUGAUUAUUUCCUGUCAAACGCUCGAGUCACACAUUUAUAUGCAAAUUGGCUGCGUGAAAUAUUUUGAAUGGAUUUAUCUCUUCACGGGCAUUUAUUUAAAACCGAAACAUAAGUGUUUCUCGUCGAAUCGUACGCGACGUGUGACAUUUGUUUCUAAAUUUUGCGAUUUAAAGUCGUACGUGUCUGAAUGUCUCGGAUCUUAAUUUGCAACCCACUUGCGAGAUCAUGUAUGGACGCUUCUCGUACUUACGCAUCGAGACGUUUAAUUUGUAAGACUGCCGUUUUCCGUUCGCCAUCUCGACGCUUUUCGUUAUCCCACGUACAUAGCACGUGCGCGAGGAUAGCGGGAGCACUUACGGAGGGAAAAUGUGAGGGGAGAAAUUGGAGAACGGAGGAAGAAGAAAGGAAGGAGAAAGAGGGAAAAAUAAAGGAAUAGGAUGUACGAACGAAAGCUAGAGAUAGAGAACGUUUUCUUACCUUUUGAACGCGUAUACAUGUCGCGAGAUUAUUAUUUAUUGUUGCGUUUCAAGGGGCGCCGGGGGCUCUCCGCUCCCGUCGCUCCCGCAGCAGCCACACUUCGGUGCCGCUAAUUUCUCAGCGGCGGUUUUAGCGCUAUAGGCAGAACAGAAGACACAAUACAUAGGCACUAGAGUACCUCGAAAGGAGAUAACAAGUAGCAUCUCUUGAAAGUUAGCUCGCACGGGCGUUCCGCUCCUCUGUCGCAUCGUACUCCGCCCUGGAGACCUCGAAUAAUGCUGACGAUCGACGUUCCAAUCCACGUACCAGCCGCACGUUUAGCGUGUUCUAUUCGCGACUUUUGUCCCAUUACUGAGAUGAGACGCGCAUUUGGAAAAGUAAAACAAGAUUCUAAUUAGAGCUCCAAGUAUCCGGAUAUCUAAUUAUCUGGCUCUAUCCGAGAUCGAUUCCAUAAUCCGAAAACUCAACACCGUACUAUUUGGAUCUAAAUUCAAACCAUAAGAAGAAAUUAAAAUUUGGAUUCAAAACCAAAAUCCGAAUCUAGAACCGAGAUCGAGAAUUGAAUUUAUGCUCGAGUUAAAUAAAAAAGAAACGGAUAAGUAAAAGGAUUUUGAUUUAAUAUCGAACAUAUUUAAAUACCUUAUUUCGCUUGCUUAUUAUUAAUUCUUGCUGGAUCAUACAUGAACACGCUUACUGUAAAAAGGAUUGAUCAAUUUAAUAACAGAAUUAUCCGAAAUUAUUUACUUACAUAAAUAGGCACAAUUAUCUCAAAUUAAAUCGUUAAAUUGCAGUUAAAAAUAUUGACUUAUUGAUUGUCAAAUUUUCAAGAGGGACUUAGAUGUGUCGGUUUAUUCGAUUUCCUUGCGAACUUAGAUCCAGAUCCGGAUUCAAUGCUUCAACUGUUCGAGUAUCUUAGAAAAUUCGAAUCCCCGAGUAAUUCGAAUUUGAAUCGUCAUACCGUUUAUCACUGUAAUUGGCGUUAAAUGCACGACAAUGAAUUGCGCUUCGUGCUGAGAAUCGUCCCGAUUAUAUCGAGCGCUAAACAUGCGGUUUGAACACUAGUAUUUUGCCUCAUCUAAUUUGCGCUCGAUACGAAUUAGAGUACCGCUUAUUCCGAUCUCACUUCGAAGAUAAUUCAGUUGGAAUCACUAGUUUCUCCUACUAAAGAAUUAACGUCAGUCUAAAGCAAACGACGGGAUUGAGAAGUCGAUCGUCGGCCAACGACGAGAAGUGUCCUUGUGGGAUACUCCUCGCGGGAGGUCGACUGGGAUCUGCGUCGACGGAAGAGAAGAACGCCAGCUCGCAGAACAGGGUAACUAGCUCUAACAUCUAUCUCUUACAUCAGCUAAGGAACAAGAAGCUCUGUCACACUCGUUCACGUCACGGCAUCACGUUACCACGGUCUGCAUCUUUAAUCACGAAUGUCGACCGAGGCCAAUCUCGAGACACUAUCACAUACCUUCGUACUAAUAAACGAUUUACUAUUGGAUUUCA